AGCUGUUUUAACAGAGUUGGAGAUAGAAAAAUUGUGGAAAUUGCUGCGACGACGCUUGGGCGAAGAUCGUGAUGAUAAAAAUUAUAUGAAAACGCGAGAAAUAUGUAUACACAACUAAGACUAAGAGGAAGGACCUUGAAAUCGAUCCGAAGGGAUUACAGCCCAGCUCGUCCUCAAAGAAAAUCUACAGCGAGUCGUAUUCGAGGCCAAUUUUACGAAAAUAUUGCGUAUGUUAUCGGUUGCAAAAUCAUGUAUCGGAAGCUGAAACCUGAAAAAUAAAAUUGGACCUAUGUUACCCAUAAUUACUUGCCUGACUUUAUUAUCGGUGAUAUACAUUGUCCACGUUCAGGCUGACGAGCAAGAUGACCCAAUCGAUUCAAAUAUAUUCUCGUCAUCGGAAAAACAAGAACUAAAAAUAUUUCAAGGCCACCAAAGAUGGCUUCACAAGAAAGCCCUUAGACAACUCAAAGAAAAAGAAGCAACCUCUUUUUUUUCAUAUUUUUGUUGCGCUGUGGAUCAUUGCAGAGGUGUGAUGGAACUGAAUCACAAAUUUACAGAAUUAUAUCUGAAUUUAUACCACACACGUGUAACCCCUCAAGACUUACCAGAAGAUUUUCAGCAUUUAAAUGACACCUGUGAUGAAUGGUUGGACGUAGUAUUUUACCGAAAAAACCCAAAAAAUAAAAAACCACCGCGGCAAAAAAUUAAAUCCGCAUACCUGGUAUGGUAUACUGCUUUGUCUUCGGAACGCGAUGACAAUGCACAUAGUUAUUUCUUAAACUUGAUACGCACUAAAUUACAAAAAAUUAGAAUCAUCAAACCAAUCAAAUAUGAAACCAACGAUGUGAUAUACCGCCGUUUUUCUGCUUCCAUGGCAAGGUCUUACCGAAUUUUCGCCAGUCUAUACCAUGAUUUAAUCACAGAAAUGUCAAAUAUAGGACGCAAAAAUCCGAAACUGCCAUUCAAUGAAGUAUUAUUUGAACUGAUCCCAAAAUGGAGCAUGACGGCUGAGGACAUUGCGUUUCAAAAUGUUCUUAUAGAUGCACAUCACAAUCGACCCGUUAAUGCAAACAAAACUUUAAUUGAAACGAUUUUUUUUGAAAGAGGAACGGAUGACUGGGUAUGUGUUCCUGCUGAGAAUUCAGAAUACUGCAUUGUUAUACGUAACGAAACACCUCCAGCACAUUACUUGUUCUAAGUAUUCCUCUACUAGAUAAUAUACCUAUACCUUAGCAACUACAACCUACCAAAGAUCUCGGUAUGCUGUAUACUCCAAAUAUUUAAACAUCUUGAUAAAAUCAUUUUUUAAUCAAA